UCGAUCGAUAACUCACUCACAGCCCGUAUAUAAACGUACUACAUGCGUGUAUAGCUAGCUACACGGCGCGCUAUGCAAGCUCCUAAGUUGCACCGCAGGUUGUCAUCAGGCGGGCGCGCGCCUAGCUAGCUAACAUGGUGGCAUCAAGAAGAGCAUCGUCGAUGCGUGUAAGAGCUGCCAUGAAGAUGACAUACCUCCCGGCCUUCGCCGUCGUCUUGCUCUCGGGGUGCGGCCAUGCCUCCUCGAGGUCGCUGCCCUCGGUCACCACCCAUGGCGCCGAUGCACAGCUGGAAGGUGGCCGAGCGGCGCGCGCCAAGCUCGAGCCUCCAACCGCGAAUGCUGAUAAACCGCCGGAGCUCGGAAUCCGCGACAACGGUUCCAUUCAGUCUGAGAAGAAAAAGCGCCAUGCCAAGGCGCCGCCCAAGCACCACGGGCCUGGCAAACACGCUCCCCCGGCCGACCCUUCGCCGCCGGCGCCUGAUCCGGACGGCGGCCAGCCCCCGGAGGUACCUGUUCCGGAGGGCCCGCACGACCAGAACCCGCCGGCGUGGCCGUUCCCGUGGCCGCAGCCGCCACCGGGCAACGACCGGCCGCCUCUGCCUCCGUUCCCGUUCCACCCACCGCCACUUCCUGCAUGGCCGCAACCAGAACCAGGCGAGCAGUGGCCCCCGCUGCCGGCAUGGCCGCAGCCAGAACCAGGAAAGCAGUGGCCCCCGCUUCCUGCAUGGCCGGAGCCAGGACCAGGAGAGCAGUGGCCGCCGUUCCCGGCAUGGCCGCAGCCAGAACCAGGAAAGCAGUGGCCGCCGUUCCCGGCAUGGCCGCAGCCAGAACCAGGAAAGCAGUGGCUGCCGUUCCCGGCAUGGCCACAACCGGAGCCAGGAAAGCAGUGGCCUCCCUUCCCGUUCUACCCGCCGCCGAUGCCGUCAUGGCAGUGGCCGCCAUCACCGUCUUUCCACGGCGAGGAGGAAGAACACGCAUCUAGGCUGGCGCCGCCUGUUCCAGCGCACAACUGAUGCAUGCGUACAGCGCACAGGUACACAAGCGCGCGAUUUUGCCCUCGCGGGAGGACACCAAAUAUUUGUACGACAGGAAUGAAUAGCAAGGAUAUCAAAUAUUAGACCGUGACCACGUAAUCAAUAAAGCUGGCAUAAUUUUAUGUUGGGAUCGCCUGGAACUCAGCCGGCUGGGACAUAGUUAUGUCUCUGACGUCACCUGCCGUCUUUUCUAAUUUAAACAUGAUUUUUUUAGUCGCUCAGCAACCCGCUCGUUUCCUUCGAUCUAGGUUGUUUAUUUUUGGCUGGGCAAUGUUCGUUGUCUUGUCUCGUGGGCUCUCUAGUUAUGGGCCUCGUGGGUUCUCUAGUUACAGAAAUAGUUGAGAGAUCGAGUUUAUUUCAGCCUUGUACUUUUGUUCAUGAGCGUAGGAACUUUAACUUUGAAGCGCACAAUCUCGCAAAAUUGCAUGUAAUUUAGCUAUAGGUCGUCACUUAUGGCUGGGUCUUCCCCCGGACCAGCUUGUACCUUUGAACAUUAUCCAAUAAAUACAUGCGAGAUUUCUCAAAAA